AUGGCGACCGCGAACUUUUUGGAUAUUUUGAAGCCUCCAUUGGAUGAUCGAGAAUAUGUUGCGUACACAUUAGAAAACGGACUUCGCGUCUUGUUGUGCUCGGACGAGUCUUCGAACGAAGCAGCCGUAGCUAUGGAUGUGCAUGUCGGUGCAUGCUCCGACCCGGCGGAAGUUCCAGGAAUGGCACAUUUCAAUGAGCACAUGCUGUUUCUCGGGACGAAGAAAUAUCCAAAGGAGGACUCCUUUGAAGCCUUUUUGGCUUCAAACGGUGGUUCUUCUAACGCUUACACGGCAAGCGAGGAUACGGUAUACUUCUUUGAUAUGGCAGCGGAAGCCAAUGCAAAAUUCGCGGAAGGACUGUCUCGCUUCGGUGCUUUCUUUACAGCUCCUUUGUUUACAGAAGGUGCAACGGGUCGAGAACUCAACGCUAUUGAAAGCGAGAACGCGAAGAAUCUGCAGUCAGAUACUUUUCGUAUUUUCCAAAUCGAUAAAUCCCGAGCAAAUCCAGACCACCCUUACAGCAAAUUUUUUACUGGUAACAAAAAAACUUUGUUAGACGAUACCAAGGCAAAGGGCCUAAGCCUUCGAGAGGAGCUCAUCAAGUUUUACAACAACUACUAUUCGGCCAACCAAAUGACGUUAGCUAUUGUUGCUCCGCAGUCCAUCGAAGACCUGAAAAACAUGGUUACGGAAGCAUUUUUGGAUAUUCCGAAUCGAAAUGUUGAUACGCCUGAGUCCUCAUGGGCCGGCAUUCCUCCUUUCAUAGACGAGAGUUCGAUCCCAUCUUUCAAAAACGCGAUCGAGAUAGUUCCUGUGCAGGAUCUUCGACAAAUUAUGAUUUCAUGGCCAAUUGUGUAUAGCUCAGAGGAUCAAAGGCAGGAUGACUUACUAAAUAAGCCGACAACGUACAUCGCACAUUUACUUGGGCACGAAGGACCCCGCUCUUUGCUUUCCUACCUCAAAAGUAGGGGGUGGGCAAACUCUGUUGGUUGUGCCAACAGCGAGGAACUUUCUGACUUCGAGGUUUUUGAGGUGGUAGUAGGACUUACGACCCAAGGCUUGGCGCAAGUGGAUGAGGUGGUAGAGUCAGUGUACGCCUAUAUCAACAUGCUUCGUGACCGCAAGAUUCCGAACUAUGUGUUUGAGGAAGUCUUUCGGCUUGAAGAACUGCAGUGGCGAUUUUUGACAAAGGGAAGCCCUCGGAGUUAUGCUUCGUCCCUGUCUACUGCAAUGCAAAAGUAUCCGCCAGAACUGUACGUUGCUGGACCGAGGCGACUAGCGGAAGCGCUAGAGCGCUCCCGGAAGCAAGCAGAGCUCUUAGCUGACAAUCUGACUGUAGAUAAUGCGCUUCUAACCGUGAUGAGCAAAGACUUUGACAACAAAACGGAUCGCAAAGAAAAAUGGUACGGGACGGACUACCGGGUCCGCCCUCUAUCCGUUGAAACCCUCAGCCGAUGGAGACGUGGUAUACGAGCGGAGCAAAUUAAGAUCGACUUUCCAAGACCCAAUCCGUUUAUUCCUACCGAGCAAGGUUUGCGCAGGUCUUUUGAAUCCAGAAUGAUGCCCGUCCCCCCUCCGUCUCUGCUUCGAGAUGAUGGACCGGACGGUCGAUGGAAGGUUUACUUUAAGGCUGAUGAUCGUUUCGGGUUGCCAAAAGGUUAUAUUGUCUUUCAGGUAGUCACUGGUGAAGCGUUCGCUUCGCCUAGAAGUGCAGCCUUGUCGAAUCUUUUUGAAGUCAGUAUUGCGGACAAAAUAGGGGAAUACGCAUACGAUGCCAGCCUUGCCGGCUUAACGUACGAUGUAAAAAUUAUGCCAAGAGGAAUUCGAUUGACUUUUGGGGGCUACAACGACAAACUGAAACGCUUCGCUUCGUACAUUUCGUUGAAGCUGACGACCGAAAUACGUGAUGUUCUUCCGACGAGUGAGAGUGUGUUUGAUCGAUACAAGGAUCAAGUAAUGCGGGGAUUGUCUGCAUUUGAUGUCAAGCAACCGUACUUUCAUGCGUCUUAUUAUUCCCAGAUUGCUCUUCAGCCGCCUCGGUUUCAGUACGACAAUACCGCACUAAGGGAAGCUAUUAGAGAAGUAAAUUUGAGUGAUUUGAUUGAAUACGUCAACACUCUUUGGAAGUCGGGCCGCGGCGAGGCUCUUAUACAAGGAAAUUUUGAUCAAAAAGAAGCCAUGGAACUCGUCAAAAACAUUGGUGAUGUCUUGCCGUUUCGACCGAUUGUCCAGGAGGAAUACCCUUCACGCCUGGAGGCACUGCCUUUGCCUGCUUACGGCCCAAAGAAGCUGCCAACCAAGCUAAUCGUUGCCGAGCCAAACCCUGACAACGAAAACUCUGUUGCCACAGUAAUGCUACAAAGUCUCGGCACGUCAGAGAAGGAUCACGUACUGAUCGAAUUGAUCAGCUCCAUUGUGCAGGAGCCGUUUUACAACGAACUCCGUACAAAAAAGCAGCUCGGCUACAUUGUAUCGUCAGGAAUUCGUGCCGUGGGUAACAGCCGAACGCUCUCAUUCAUAGUCCAGUCCAGCGUGGCGCCGGCAGACAAGUUGUCCAUCGAAAUUGUCAAGUUCUUGAAUACAGUGGAAGAUCGUUUUCUCAACAAGCUCCUUAAAGCUGACCUCGCCGUGUACGUCAAAAGCCUGAUUGAUCGCAAAACGGAACCCGACAAGGAACUCGCUACAGAAGUGACUCGCAAUUGGGCGGAGAUUGCGAGCGGACGAUUUCAGUUUGAUCGCAUCCAAAGGGAAGCUGCCGCGCUGCUCGAUGUACAAAAGGAGGAUUUGCUAGAUUUUUGGAGACGAAUUUAUACCGGGGACAAUUGCCGUGUAUUGGUGACACAGGUAGUUCCUCGCCAAGGGCCAGCGUCUUCGCCCGUCCCAGCCAAGAGCACGGGAUACAAUGACAAGGAUCCGCUACCCGAAGGACUAGUCCUCGGGAUUGACGACUUGGAUCAAUUCCGCGCCGAUAGGCAGAUGUCAACUUAAUGCUAGGUCUACGACU